GUUCUGUUGCAUCAGUGAAGACAGUCCAACCUAAUAUCUCUUAGUACAGCUCUGACGUGAGGCGCUGGCCCUGGUUAAUUUUUGACCAAACUGUCUGCUGACUCUUAUCGGCCUUGUAUAUAAUGGGGAAGUUUCUGGCAAACAGUCUGCAGCACAGAGGACAUUAAAGACAGGCGGUUACGAUGCGUGGUAUCUUUGCUAGUUGUGCUCUCGCAGCACUGCUGCUGGCUGUAACCUGGGCACACCACCACCAUCAUGAACACUCCGACCAUGGUCAUGACAGUGAGGUGAGCUGCCACAAGCUGUCCUCUCCCAACGCCGACUUCAGCUUUGCCCUCUACAAAAGCCUGAACGCCAAGACUGCCGCUGGAAAGAACAUCUUCUACUCACCACUGGGCAUCUCCACCGCCCUGUCCAUGCUGUCCACGGGGGCCCGGGGUGAAACCCACAGGCAGCUCUUCUCCAGCUUGGGCUACAGUGCUUUGGACGAGGCGCAGGUCAACGAGGCAUAUGAGCACCUAUUCCAGAUGCUUGGCCACAGCCAGGCAAAUCAGCGGUUGGACGUCGGCAGUGCUGUUGCAGUGCGCUCUGGCUUCAGUCCUCUGGAGACGUUCUUGAAGAAUGUCAAGCGUUUCUACUCUGGUGAGAUCUUCAACGUCGACUUCACAAAACCCCAAGAGGCUGCAGCUGAGAUCAACAGAGUCAUCGCCAGUAAAACAAAUGACAAGAUCAAGGAUAUGGUGAAGGACCUGGACCCUGAAAUGGCCAUGGUGCUGAUCAACUACGUCUACUUCAGAGGACAGUGGGAGAAACCCUUCAAUGCUAACCUGACACACAAGGCGGACUUCCACGUGGACGAAAAAACAAACGUAAGGGUGGACAUGAUGAAAAGGAUGGGACGCUACGACUUCUAUCAGGACUCCGACAACCACACCACCGUCAUCAUGCUGCCCUACAAGAGCAACACCUCCAUGAUGAUCGUCCUGCCCGAUGAAGGCAAAAUGAAGGAGGUGGAGGCCUACAUCAACAAGGAGUACAUCAGGCACUGGCAUGACCAGCUCUACAGGAACUCUGUGACUCUGUACAUGCCAAAAUUUUCUAUCUCUGCUGAUGCCUCCCUGGUCGACACUCUUAAAGAAUUUGGAGUGACUGAUGCUUUCUCAGACAACGCUGAUCUUUCUCGCAUGUCUGCUGAGGUCCAGCUCAAAGUCUCAAAGGUAUCUCACCAGGCUGUGCUCAGCGUGGAUGAAACCGGAACAGAGGCGGCGGCUGCCACCACCCUUGAAAUCAUGCCCAUGAGUUUGCCCGAAGUCAUGACACUGGACAGGCCCUUCUUGGUCUUCAUCCUGGAGCACUCUACCAGGAGCAUCCUCUUCAUGGGCAAGAUCAGCGAUCCCACAGCCAUGUGAAGAUGCUCGGGAAAUGACCGUUGAUAUUUGUUGCAUUUUUCACAAUGCAGUAAGUUUCAGUUUUACCUCUGCAAUUGAAUGCCCUGUAGAGAUGUUGCAGUGAAAUCAGGAGAAUCGUGGAGAUGAUAGAGAUGUCAUCCAGUUACACAAGUGACACAUUAUCACCAUCUGUCAUCUAAUGCUGGUGAGGUGAACAAUGUCAAAAUACAUCCAUCUUGUAUCCAACUGACUGUUGUAUGACACUGUUAAUAGGAAACGUUAUAGAGAUAUAUCACUUACACAUUGAGUCAUCGUGUCAUUGUGAUAAUGCUGUUUCAACAUGAAGUGAAAUAAAGGCUUGUUAUGAACAACCAA